AUGGAAAUCGUUUACAUUGGUCACCGAAAUCCUAGUAAUCGUGCGCUUUUAAUAUCCAACAAGGAAUGGAAUAGACUGGGAAAAAUUCUAACAAAAAAAAUGGAUGAUGAGGAAGCGGUGGAAGCCAGCAAGCGAUUGAAAGAGAUGCGCCGAGAAACAUCAAAAAAGAUGGUGGACGGUUGGGACAACACAGAACUGAACAAAACCAAAAAACUUUUGGAACAAAAACGGAAGGCGCUGUCCGAGUUGGAAGCCAAACGGCAGCAGAGGGACGAGGAGAUGAAGCGUGAGGCACUUGAAGCCAGAAACAGGAUCAUUGAGAAAGCGUGCAAACUGAAAUUCGAAGAGAGAGACGCAACGAAAACGUUCUAUAGAGCUCUGCAGCAUUCUGAAGUGUUCAAAGAGAGGGCAAUACAAUUAAAGUUUAACGAAGCUGAGAGGGAAAAGAAGAUGCAAAAGGACCUCGAGACGGCUCAAGAACAAAACAAGGAAGCGGAAUGGUAUAGAAAACACAAAGUGGACGAAAAACAAAAAAACAACGAGCUAAAAAGAUCUAAAGCUGAAAUUUUAUUAAAAGAGCUUAAGGAACGUGAGGAUAAGAGGAGAGACGAACAAACUGCAUCGUGUGAGUCUGGUAAGGUGGAAUUACAAAAAAUAGCCGAAGAAAUCGAGGAGGCUCGAGAAAAGGCCGCUGCCGAGGCACGGUUAGCAAAGGAAAAGCUGCAAAAGGAUAUAGAGGACAACCGCAUAAUGAUAACCAGCGGAGACGACGUGCGCGAGACGGAGGAAUGGGAAGAGGAUAUGGUCACUACCAUCAUGGCAGAGACAAAGAAGACAUUAGCCAGAGCGCGGAGACUAAAAGAAAUAGAACUUAUGGAGGUCAAACAAUUGGCACUGGAGGAGAUGAGGACGAAAUCGGCGGCUUGGCCGACGAAGCAAAACGGGUGGGCAGAGUCUGACGUGCUGGACGCCGUAGAAGCGCAGGAAAAACGGUAUCGUGAAGUGGAGCGCAAAAAUAGAGAGCUGGCCAAUAGGAGAAUAGAACACGUAGAGAUCGGCAAAAGGCUAUGGGAAGAGGAGAUCUGCCGGCGAAGGGAGCUAUCGGCACAGGACCUUCGAUCGGAGAUGCACAGACGCGAACGUGAAAAAAGGUUGUUGACCGAAUUUUCUGACUUACGUGUGCGAAAGCGAACCGAAAAUGCCAAUCAAUUUCGGGAGCAGCUCGAAAAACAGUGUAACGAUAAAAGGAUUGCAUUAUUGGCUAAUAGACAGGCUGAUAUAGAUCGCCACGCAGUAUUUGAACGCCAGUGGCAAAGAGAAGAUGAAGAAUUCAUUGCAUAUACCAAAAAUGCGAUUGAGAAGAAGAUAUUAGUUGGAAAUCCAGUAGUGCCAUUACUUAAAACAGUGAAAGAUUACCUCGAAAAGAACAAUUUAUGCAUAAAUGACAAUAAGGUAUCAAAAAAAAUUCCAAAAGGUCCAAUCUAUACAUCAAGAAUAAUACGCCAUAUUUAG